UUCUGUGGUUUACGAAGGGACUGUUCCUGUAUAUUUUUUUAUAGUAAAAUUUUAUGAAUGAAGUUGUUUUCUGUACAUGUUUGUUAUAUUGUCGGUAAUAUUUUUUUUAUACAUUUCCUCGUUACUUGUAGAAAACUAUUUAAAAGGAUAACUUUGUGUAUAAGUGUCUAGUAUUAAAAUUCAAGUAAAGUAAAAGAAAUCGGUCAGUCUACAGACUGUAGCAGUUAACAUAAAUUUUGUAUUUGUGUAUUAAAUCGGAAAUCUAUGGCGUCGUUAUCUCUGCCGAGAGUACUCCAGCUGAAAAAGAACAGCCUGGAGGCGGAGCGAGAACAGUUCGAGAAAUUUCAGACGCUAGCCAUCCAAAAGGCUAUCAACGCCAACGAGACCCCGGUGAAGGAAAAACAUGUCAGAAGCACCCUUAUUGGGACAUUCCAAGAGCAAAGCGCCGCCACAUACUGGAUGGUGGCUCUCCGUUUGCCUCUCCAAGAUAACCGAAUCGUGGCAUGGAAAUUUUGUCACGUGACGCACAAAUUGCUACGCGAGGGGCAUCCAGCUUGCCUCGAUGACUCCCAGCGGCAUAUAGGCAUGAUAGACAAUCUCGGCAAGCUAUGGGUACAUCUUCGAGAGGGUUACGGUAAGCUGGUCCACCUAUACUGCAGCUUGUUGAUGUGCAAGCUAAAAUUCCAUGCGCGCAAUCCACGCUUUCCAGGCAACAUGCAGCUUACGGCCGAUGAGCUGGAUGCAAUAGCUGAAAACGAUGUUAACAACUAUUUCCAAAUAUGUGUGGAGUUGUUCGACUAUAUGGAUGAAAUUCUCGCACUUCAGGCUGCCGUAUUCGAUAGCCUGGGCAACGCUCGCGCUAACUCAAUGACGGCGAGCGGUCAGUGUCGACUGGCGGCACUAAUACCAUGCGCUCAGGACUCAUCGCAGAUAUACGACUGCAAUGUUCGCCUGCUCUUCAAAUUGCACGCCGCAUUGCCCGAUGACACGCUUGGUGGCCAUAGAACAAGAUUUCGACAGCAGUUCAAAAAGUUGAGCUCAUUUUACAAGCACGCGAGCAGUCUGCAGUACUACAGAAAUUUACUGACGUUACCAGUGCUCCCGUCUGACCCGCCUAACUUCUUAGUACAAAGUGAUUUCGGUACAUAUGUGGCCCCGGUGGUUUCAAUACCAGAGCCAGCGGCAGAUGAAGUGGACGCAGUUGGCGCACUCAUCGACACUACAGACCUCAUGAGUCAGGCAACAACUCCAGACCAAUUAGAUGCUUUCGAAACCCGCGCGUCACCGCAACCCGACCCGGUUGUGGAGCGCGACAAACUGAUCGAACAUCUCCAGAAUGAACUCAAGCGGCUCAGGUCAGAGAGAACGCAACUGGUACAUGAUAGGAAUACAAUGCUGAGUUCUAUGCGAGAACACUGCACUAAGUUAGAGUCACAACUUCACACAACUCAGAAUGAGCUGGAAGGAGAAAAGCAGAAAGCCGAAAUAUUAUCGGUUCAAACACCUGAAAUAAAGCAGAAGCUUGCUGAAACUGAAGAGAAAGCGAAAGUCACAGAUGAAAAAUUCCAAAAGUUAAAAGGGGCAUAUACCCAAUUACGAGAGGAACACAUAACGCUAAUCAGACAGAAAGCAGAAGUCGAUAAACUAGCAACUAGUUUAAGAGCAGCGGCAACACAACAUGAAAGCGCUAAAACGGCGUUACAGCAACAGCUGAAUGAUAGGAUAAAGGAUGUUGAGUUACUGCAACAAAGUUCUUCUUCAAGUGAGGAAAUCGAAGCAUAUAAGCUAGAAAUUGCCAAUCUUCGUGCUGAAAUAGAAAUGUCGCGACAAAAAGAGAUUGAACUAGAGACAUUACGAGCUUCAAUGGAGGCCUUAGAAAUAGAACACAAGACUGCCACUGCAGAGCAAUUAGAAAAAAUUACAACGACUGCUAACGAUUUGAGAGAGACAAAAGAAACAUUAGAAGCAAUAAAACGUGAGAAAGAAGAGAGAGAGACUGAGUUGCUCAGAGUUAAAGAAGAGUUAGUCGGACUUAAAGAAAAAAGUGGAGAUGAGUAUAAAAAGGUUUUUGAUGAAAAAGAAGCAGCGGUAAAACAAGUAGCAGAGUUAACUCGGCAACAUCUACAAGAAAAGGAGGAACAGAUGCUUUGCAUGAACAAAUUGCAUGAAGAAAUAGAAUCAUUGCAACAGAAGUGUAUAGAAUCCGACACAAAAUUCGCCCUGAAAUGUAAUGAAUUAAAUGAAGAAAUUAAUAUUAAUAAAAAGAACUUUGACGAUAUUAUAAAUGCAAAGGAUAUCGAAAUUAAAGAUUCCCUAGAGCGACUUGAACAAAUGGAAACGCAACUAAAGAAUUUGAAAUCAGACAAUGAAGAUAGAAUUAUUGAAGAGACUACUAAAGUUGAAAACCUUCAAGAACAAAUUACUCACCUUACACAAAAUCGCGAUACGAAUAUUGUAUUACUGAAAGAUAUUGAAACAGAGAAAAAUAGUUUACAAUCGAAUUUAGAUAAAGCUAUCAAAGAACUGAAUAUAUUACAGGAAUCGAUUAAUGAGAAAACUACAUUAGUACAGAAUUUAGAAAUAGAAUUAGCGGAGACAGAAACUAAUAAUCAAAUAGCAUAUGAACAAUUAGAAAACAGGAAAAACGAAGAAAUUGCUUUGCUUCAAGAACGAUACAAAUCAGAAGUAGCAGAUAAACAUAGUGAAAUUACUGAAUUAAGAAAAUUACUUCAAGAAAACACAGAAAUAGGAAAUGAACAGAAAACAAAAAGCGAGUAUUUAUUGAAUACAAUUACAGAGCUAGAGUCCAAAAUUACGGUCCAGAAUAAUGAAAUUGAACAACUGUCUUUAACAUUGAAAGAUACUUCUGCUACGCUAGAUAAACAAAAUAAUAAUUUUAUUAUUAAAGAAAAUGAAUAUAAUAAUGAAAUAACAGUGUUAAAAGAUAAACUCCAAAAUGUUAUCGACACCAAAGAUGAAUUGAUCGACAGUUUAAAAACAAUGAUAUCAAAUAAAGAUGAAGAAGUUGUAUCUCUUAAUGUUGAAGUGAAAAAUCUUACAGAUGAAGUAUUACAACUUAAAGAUGAACUGCAGGAAGCCCAAGCAGAGUUGGAGAUAGGAAAAAAUGAACUGCUCACCUUAGAAGAAGAACAUCAAAAUAUAUCUGAGCGAAAUGAUAAUAAUCUACUAUUAAAAAAUCAGGAACUCAGAACGUUGCAUGAUGAAAUUGGAAAACUAAAUAAGGACAAAUCCGAAUUAAUAACUGAAAAAGAGAAAUUGAUCAAUGAAUUCACUAUAGAAAAACAGGUUUACAUUAACAAUAUAAAGGAAUUGGACGACACUCUUAAAAAUUUGCAAGUUGAUUGUGAAACCAUCAGAUCUGACAAAGAAGUAGUGUCAAAUGAACUGAAGGCUGAAAUAAAUAGAUUAACAAUAGAAAAUGAGCAAGUAAAAAAAGGUAAACAAGAAGAAAUAGAUGUAUUGACAGAAAAAUUGGAAGAACAAGAAAAGAUUCUAAGAAAAGAUAUAUUUGAUAAGGAUCGCACUAUAAACGAAGUAAACGACACCUUAGAGAAGUUAAAGUCUGAACUACAAAACUUAAAUGAGUUAAAAAUAAAAGAAAAAGAAGAUUUCGAAAGUAUUAUAUCUGAAAAAGACAGAGAAAGUCAGAUGUUGGAAGUGCGACUACAGCACUCAGACACUAAGCGUUUGAAUGUAGAAUCUGAAUUACAGGAUCUGUUGCAACAUAAUACAGUGCUUGAAGCUGACCUCACGGCAGUUAAGAUGCAGUUAGAAGAAGCGCGAAAAGAAUUGGAGACACAGAAAUCAAAGGUAGUGCAGUGUGCUGGGGAGGCGGCACUACAGGUCACACAAGAGGCACUAGCAGCGCUCGAAAGAAGCAACCCACAAGAAACCAACCGCACGGCGGCUGAUGUAGCGGCAAAGGCGCUCGAUGAGCUAGCAAAACAUUCCGCAAUGAAGGGUCAUGAGGAUAUAGCCGCACGGUCAGCGAUUCUUGCCGCUCAUAAUACGGCCCAGCUAUCUGCAUACGUCGCGGAGCUCUGCGGGGCAUCCUCUGAUAUUGCACUCUCUGAUAAACUACACAAUGAGUGCCGAACAAUGCUGAGCACGACGAAGCAGUGCCUGGAGGCGGUGUCUAGUGGCUCGGGCCCGGGCUCCGCGAGCGUGGAGGCUCGCAGCCUGGUGCGGCGGCUGGCCGAGGCGGCCGCCAGGGCCGACAGCGCGGCGGCCGGCGCCCGCAGCGUCGACGACGAGCUCGCAGACAUGGGCACCGCCAUAGAGGACGCCGCCUCGCAGAUAGAGGAAAUGCUGGCAGCAAGCCGCGCUGGUGAUUCCGGCGUUAAACUGGAAGUGAACGGCAAGAUACUGGACGCCUGCACUACGCUCAUGGGCGCCGUAAAGAUACUCGUUCAGGAUGCGAGGAAGCUACAGAAUGAACUCGGCGACCCCACGACGAGGCAGAAGAUGUACAGGAAAAAUCCACAGUGGUCUGAGGGUCUCAUAUCAGCGGCCAAAGCGGUCGUGUUCGCUGCUAAGCUUUUGGUGUCGUCGGCGGACGAGGCGGUGGGUGCCGGCAAGUCGGGGCGCGUGGAGAGCGUGUCGGCGGCGGCGCACGAGGUGGCCGGCAGCACCGCGCAGCUGGUGGCCGCCUCGCGCGCGCGCGCCCCGCCCGCCGCGCCCGCGCUGGCCCGCCUCGGCGCCGCCUCGCGCUCCGUGGCCGCCGCCGCGGGCGCCGUCGUCGCCGCCGUGCGCGCCGGCGCCGCGCUCGUCAACGAGCAGGAGGCCCUGGACACGUCGUCGCUGACGCUGACGGCGACCCGCAUACUGGAGAUGGAGAGCAAGGUGCGGUCGCUGGAACUGGAGACGGCGCUGGAGGCCGAGCGCGCCAAGCUGGCCGCGCUCCGCAAGCGGCACUACCACCUCGCGCAGCUAGAGGAGAAUGGCGGUAUAACCAAUGGUAAAGAAUAAACAAUUGAACAUGUACAAAAGGCCGCCAUAGGAGACGAGAUUUUGUGACGUAUCAUUCUCAACAUGCAUUUUUGUACAACGACUAGGUAGCUAUAAUAUUUUGAGUAAGUUUGAGAUAGUAUGCGAAUAUUCCAUUGAAUUUAACAAAAGAGAGAAUCAAUGUCUUCCCGAUUGUGAAGGCUCAAUGUAAUGCAAAUGUAGCGAUAGACGUGAUAGUGUUAGGUGAAUGUGGUCUUAAUUAAUGGGCAAUUAUAUGUAAGCUAAAAAUAGUUCAAGAAAAUUCUUAUGAAGGUGACUUUACCACUUUUGUGGGAAGUAAUAGUUCCAAGUAUAUACAUAUAAUUAUAGAGUUGGUAAGUAAAUUGGAAACCAAUUAUUUGUACAGGUUAUAAGUAAUAUUAAUAUCGAAUAGUUGAGAGGCUCAGACCAUUCAGACCGAAUGUAAAGCAAAUAUAGAUAACAGAUUUAACGAUAAGAAUAUAUAUUGAGGAUGUGUCGAGAAGACGACGUAGAAUCAAGCAGGUAGAUUCUAACUUAAGUCCAGCGUCAUUUAUUACCAAUGUUGUAACCCAAUACAACUAUAUAAAAAUAUAUAGAACUAUAUAUAUAAUUAUAGAAUAACUCCAAAUUCAAAACUGCAGUGUAGUAGGGCUGUGAUAAUCUACAAUAUAAACAACUAAUUAUUUUUAGGAAAUCCAUUAGUUAUAAACAACAAAACGAUUACCUAAAAAUAAUUGAUUUUAGUGAAUAAUAUUUUUUUUCUAGACAUUUGACAUCGCACCAUUUACACAUAGGAACUAUGUUGCACAAGUUCUAGACUUGUGAGUUUUAUUUUAAUUUUUAGGUCACUUAAUCUUGUCUUUAAGGCCUGAGAGUUGAAAAUAUC